CUCUCUCAAUCUCUAUCCUUGUCACUGUCCUUGACACGCACUACUAGCCUCUGUCUCCUCGUCGCGGCCCAGCCCAAUAGACCGGAGAGCGCAGGGAGGGGAGCAGGACGGUCGCCGGAGAAGGGGGAGGGGGAGGCCAAGAAAGGCGCCGGCUUGGGUUGGGAGCAGAGGAGGGGAUGGCUCCGAGCUCAUGCUGCUACGACGUCGCCGCGUCGAUGCUCCUCUGCGCCGAGGACAACAGCAGCAUCCUGUGCCUGGAGGAGGAGGAGGAGGAGGCGGAAGAGGCGGCGGCGGCGGCGGUGGGGAGGAAGAGCGGGUGCCGGUCGCUGGACGGGGAUUUCGACGGCGGCGUCGACCUGUUCCCGCCGCAGUCGGAGGAGUGCGUGGCGAGCUUAGUGGAGAGGGAGCGGGCGCACAUGCCGAGGGCGGACUACGGCGAGAGGCUCCGCGGCGGCGGCGGCGUGGAUCUCUCCGUCCGGAGCGAGGCCAUCGAUUGGAUUUGGAAGGUUUACACAUACUACAGCUUCAGUCCUCUCACUGCCUAUCUGGCUAUGAACUACUUGGACCGUUUCCUGUCUCAGUACGAGCUGCCGGAAGGCAAGGAUUGGAUGACACAGUUGCUCUCGGUCGCGUGCUUGUCUAUCGCCGCCAAGAUGGAGGAGACCGCCGUCCCGGAAUCUCUGGACCUUCAGAUUGGAGAGGCACGGUUUGUGUUCGAGGCGAAGACGAUCCAGAGAAUGGAGCUUCUUGUUCUCAGCACCCUCAACUGGAGGAUGCAAGCUGUGACUCCGUUCUCCUACAUCGACUACUUCCUACGUAAGCUCAACGGCGGCAAUGCCGCGCCGAGAAGCUGGCUCGUGCAGUCGUGGGAGCUCAUCUUGUGCAUAGCAACAGGAACCGGAUUCCUAGUGUUUAGACCCUCGGAGAUCGCUGCGGCGGUGACCGCCACCGUUGCCGCCGGAGUUACCGGCGUGGUAGAAGACAUCGCAAAGGCUUGCACCCAUGUAGAUAAGGAGAGGGUGUUGCAAUGCCAGGAAGCGAUUCAGGAAUCCAUGGUCUCCAUUAACACUGUGCAACCUAAACCUGCAAGCACCAGGAGAGGCUCAGCCUCCUCCUCCUCCUCUGUGCCUCAGAGCCCUGUUGGGGUGCUGGAUGCUGGCUGCCUUAGCUACAAAAGUGAUGACACUGAUGCUGCAACUAUUGCCUCACAUGGAGGAAGGAAGAGCUGCCUUGAUAGCUCCCCGGUCACUAGCAAGAGGAGGAAGCUUAGCAGGUGACUGACCAGUCAAAGUGCCCAAUGAUAGAUCACUCCACUGUACACCACUCAUCUCAACAAAGGCAAAGUCAAUUGGUUUCGAUUGCAAUGACUGUUAAAAAGAACACUGGAAGGGAAGAAAAAUAAAAGAAUGGGGGCCAAAAGGGGGGGAAUUUUGACAUGACGAGAGAGAGCAAGAAGUUGCUGAUGAAUAAAGAGGUGAGGUUGACAACACCUAAUUGCUGAAUGCUGAGCUUUUGCAAGCCAGCAAGCCAUGGUGAUGAGAGGUGCCCCCAAAGAACAAAGGGGAGCUUUGUAGCAAACAUAAAGCUUGAUGGGAUGAUCAAGACAAAGGAUGGUGAGGGGCUUUAGGCAACAAGUCCAAGAAGAACUAGGCAUGCACUGACCUGGCUGUGUAGUAUUCUUUUGUUCACUAGCUGUAGUGGCAUUAGUUGUAUUUUUUUAUCAUUUCAUUUGUGAGAAGAAAAUUAGAGGAGGCACCACUCCUUUUUGUGAUCAAGAAUGAUGAUCAGCCACAUUAAUAAAAUAACAGGCUGUAACAAAAAAAAUUAACAAGACCCAGAAAAGGAGGAAAUGGGUUUCUUUCAAUUUCUUCUCUUCUUUUUUUUCUUUGUAUAUUGGCAGCUUGCCUAUCUCUAUAUUGUUUGACUGCUUGUCUGCUUUAAGACCAUGAGCACCGCAUUCCCUAGGAAAUAAAAGAAGAGGACCUUGUGACC